AUGGGAAGCCCACUCGGGUGCGGAAGAGGCCUGUGCGCAAUAUCCAACGUGCUGUGUGCGGUGACUGGCUCUAGCGGACCUAUUCCGAGGCCGCGGCCGGGCACUCCUUCCCCUCCUGGACCUGCAGGGCUGCAGACCCAGAGCGGCACAGGCGCGAUGACGAUGAGCCCUCCGUCGCGCCCACCGCCGCCGCCGCCCCAGACGCCGCGGCAGCCGCAGCAGCAAUCCAAUGUGGUGGAUCGUCGCUCAGCACCGACCGGGCCACCGCCGGCUCCAGCUGCCAAACCCCUCGCCGCCAACAUGUCCCGACCCGUGGCCCCAGCGCCGCCGACGCCGCCGCCGGUCGCAAACCCGUUCACGAAUAUCGCUCGUCCCGGAACUCAAUCGCCGGCAGCGGCGGCGCCGCCGCCGCGGCCCCCGCCGCCGCCGCCCCCCACCUCCCAGUCAGGUUCCCCCCGUCUGAACCGCCCCAUGCCGCGACCCAAGCCCGGUGGUUCUAGCGCGCCGCCGCGUCCCAUGGGUCCACAGGGCGCCUCGGCAGGCAGUCCCGCCACCCCGCCGCGGCCUCUGCGCAACAUGCCGCCCCCGGCUCGCCCGGAUCUGCUGCCGCGGCAGCCGGCGGCGGCGGCGCCGACGACAGCGGCCGCCGCUACCGCCGCCGCUGCGGCCGCCGGCUCCCUGGAGCUUCAUCGCCCCAAUCCGCCGUCACUGCGGGUUUUGGAGCCGUUGAUGGCUCCCGGGGCGGCGGCGGCGGCGAAGCGUCUUGAGAUUCAGGAGGUCGUGGAGGGGGACGAGGAUGCGGCUCUGAGCACGGACAUGUUUGACGAUGAGGAUGCGGAGUUCAUGAACAAGGGUGCCGCGCUCAAGGGCAAGGGCAAGAAGGGCGCCGGGAAGCGGAAGGAGAAGGUGACGGCGGAGAUGAAGCGCGAGGCGAGGAGGCAGCGUGAGGCGGUCCGCAUGGAGAAGGAGGCGGCCAGGAGGCGGGACAAGGAGGAGAUCUUCGAGGUCGGCGACGAGGGCAUGUCGUUGGACGAGCUGGCUGCGCUUCUGCAGCUGGUUGCCUCCGACUUCGAUGUGGUGGUUGUGGACAAGGACCCUGUAGCCGUUACGGAUGCUGCCAAGAAGAGGACCGAGUUCAUCAGCGAGGAUGUGGACGACCUGGCCCCCCGGCCCCCCGUGGUGACCGUGAUGGGCCACGUGGAUCACGGCAAGACCUCCCUGCUGGACUACAUCCGUAAGGCCCGAGUGGCGGCCGGGGAGGCGGGAGGAAUCACACAGGUUACGGAUAUCGCCAUUAUUAUCGUGGCGGCGGAUGACGGUGUACGACCGCAAACCCGGGAGGCGGUAGCGCAUGCGCAGGCUGCAGGGGUACCCAUAGUGGUCGCCAUCAACAAGGAGCUCCUCGAGCUGAACCUGGUGCCCGAGGAGUGGGGCGGCUCCACCCCCAUGGUGCCCGUGUCGGCCAAGAAGGGUACGGGAGUGCCCGACCUGCUGACCCAGCUGCUGUGGGUGGCGGAGGAGCGGCAGCUCAUGUCCAACCCCAUACGGCCCGCCAGGGGCUCCGUCAUCGAGGCGUAUCUGGACAAGAAGAAGGGGUCGGUGGCGACCUUGCUCGUGCAGGUCGGCACGCUGCGUCCCGGAGACAUAGUCCGUGCGGGCGCGUCGUACGGCAAAGUACGGGCACUGACCAACGAUCUGGGCCAGAACAUCCCCUCCGCCGGGCCGUCCAUUGCCGUACAACUUACCGGCUUGAACUCCGUCCCGGCGGCGGGCGAGGAGUUCGAGGUGUACGGCACUGAGCAGGCGGCGCGGGAGGCGGCGGCGGAGUUUGAGGAAAAGAUCAAGACUGUGGUGUAUGAGGGCAAGCUGAGCAGCCUCCGUCGUGUGAAGGAUAUCGUGGAGGAGGUGUCCGCGGGUUUGGAGUGCGGAGUGGGCUGCGACGGCUUCGCGGAGUGGGCUGAGGGCGACGUGUUGGAGUGCUACCUGCUGGUGACCAAGAGCCGGCGGCUGGAGGACGCGCGGGCCACCACCGCAGUGGAUGUGGCCUCCCUACAGUGA